AUGCUUGAUUUGAUUGCUCUCCUUAACUCGGACAAUUUGCAAUGGGUUCAACGAGCAAUCAGUGACCUCGUUAUAACUCAAGCUUUUAGGGAAGUCGUGUGGGCCGCAUUGUUGCGACCUAUCCCUGAACUUGUUGAUGUCCAUGGACGGAUGGCGGAUUUAUUCCCUGCGGACAUUCAAGACUGGAACGGCAAUCUACGAUGUAGUAUUGUAUGUUCACUCGUCAUUCUAAUGUACCAGGCCUUUAGUCAUGAUCUAGACAUGCAGGCACAGUACCUGAAAGCGCCCCAGCUGCAUCCCAGGGUCAUGGCUGCUUGCAGUGAGAUGUAUGUGUGCCCAGAGCAGUUCCCUCUCUUCUCCGAAGCGAUCAAACAGCUACCUUCCUUACAGGAAUCAAAUGUCUUUGGCAUGGAUACCAAGAACGGAGUCCCGAAAUCAACCAUAACACAGGGAGUGAGGCGAUUGAAGACCUUGGCUGAUCUUUCAUCCAUACAAAUCCAUAGUGCCCCGGAUUUCCAAGUUCCCUAUGUGCAAUUUUCAUUUCCGGCUCCUAGCCAGCAUGUGGAGAUGCACAUCUCACACUUCAUCACACAGUCUUAA